UUCUUCCUUUAGGGCUCUUUAUCUUUGUAUAUCAUUGCCUAAUGAAAGAGACGGUGAGGAAGCAGUGCCGAGUGCACUUUUGCUGGGGGAGGUUUCGGCUCAAUAAUUAUUCUGAUUGGAGCAGGGCAGAAACAUCUAUUGGAUAUAGACCAAGGAAUUUGGAGCAUAAACUAUCAUUGCAUUCUUUGAAAUCAACCAAGUCUCUGAAGUCUAAUGCAACAAGCUCAACUUCCAAUGGUUCAGACUCCUUACCGGAGACUUCUUUGGAUAUGGACUUGAGAGCAGAUGUGACCUUCAGGGGAACCCCCUACACACCAGCAGAGAGCCUCCGCCAGAUAAGGAAGCGACCAAGGUGGAGCAAGAAGGACAUGUUCUGAGAGGUGCAGCACUCCCCAGAGGC